AUGACAUCGUCUGCCUCCUCUCCACAGGACCUGGAAAAGGGUCUGAACACGAUCGAAAAUAUCGAAACGCUGCCUCAGCAGGGCUCCAUCGCAGGCGUCUCGCAGAGUUUUCCUAACAUCCAAGAGAUAUACUCCGACCGAGACUUCAUCACCCUGGGGUCCUCUACGUAUAGGCGCAGGGACUUGCUGAAUGCGCUAGAUAGAAGCGAGAUGGAUGAAAGUAGCUGCUCGAAGCAGCCCCCUCACCAGUUUGCUAAUCCUGUUCCCCUAGGUUUAGCAUCGUUUUCUUUGUCGUGUUUGGUUUUGUCGCUGAUCAAUGCGAACGUCCGCGGCGUCACUGAUGGUAAGUGGGCGCUAAGUUUGUUCCUGUUCUUUGGUGGCGCCAUUGAAUUGUUUGCUGGGUUACUGUGUUUUGUCAUUGGGGACACAUACGCCAUGACGGUGUUCAGUUCGUUUGGCGGAUUCUGGAUCUGCUACGGUUACGGGUUAACUGAUACGGACAACUUGGUGAGUGGCUACACUGACCCGACGAUGUUAAACAACGUCAUUGGGUUCUUCCUUGCCGGUUGGACAGUGUUCACGUUUUUGAUGUUGAUGUGCACCCUGAAGAGCACGUGGGGCUUGUUCCUGCUGUUGACCUUUUUGGACAUGACCUUCCUACUGCUGUGUAUCGGCACUUUUAUUGAUAAUAACAACCUCAAGAUGGCCGGUGGGUACUUCGGUAUUUUGAGUAGUUGUUGUGGUUGGUACUCGUUGUACUGUUCUGUGGUGAGCCCAUCGAAUUCCUAUCUAGCCUUCAAGGCACACACAAUGCCAAAUGCACCUUAA